GACGCGAGAGACGGUGAACCAAGUCAUGACUUCCCAUACCUACCCUGUCCUUUUCCAGAGACCGAGCUCGCUUCCGCUUUGAAAGCGCUUGAGGCCACGAUGUGUCUCCUCAUCGCCUCUGACCGCUUCGGAUCCGAGAAGGAAAGGAAAGCUAUUAUCGAAACCGAACGAGCGAGUUUGUUUCUGUUGAUGACAUACGUCUCCACCGUUGGUCGCCGAAACAAACACCAUCCCCAAGUCCGCGAGUUCCUCAAAGACACUGAUCUCCACCGCGCACAAUCCAACAUCUAUCGCCGUUUAUCCGCGAAUAUAUACCCUACGAAGGAUGGUAGGUACUUCCAUCUCCAUGGAUCGUUGUUGUCGGAUCCUUCGUUAGGGAUGGUGGGGUUACCCCCGUAUAAGGAGGAGUUGACGGCGUACGGGGAUGUGGUGAAGGUUAUCGGGGAUGCGGUGAAAAAGUUUACGGCGGCGGAGUUGGAGAAGGGCGCAGAAGAACGGAAGCAGGCCGGUGCGAUUUGUUUGACGAUGGGGGAGUGGGCGGAGACGGAGCAGGGUCGUAUCGCACAUUCCUUGCCUCCAUAUGUCCUCGAACCCGUCCCUGCCGCCUCAUCGUCAGGACCUACACCCUGGCCACAAACCGACAGCGAUAAGCUUCUGUCAGGCAUCAAAGUCCUCGAACUUUGCCGCAUCAUCGCCGGUCCCACCAUCGGCCGAACCCUCGCCUCCUACGGCGCUUCCGUCCUCAAAAUCACCUCACCCAAUCUCUCCGACGUCCCCUUCUUCCAAGUCGACGGAAACGCCGGGAAGCGCUGCGCCGAGCUCGACCUAAAAUCAGCCGAAGGCAGGAAGGUGUUCGAGGAGUUGGUGAAGGAGGCUGAUGUCGUUGUCGAUGGGUACAGAUUGGGGGCGUUGGAUAGGCUCGGCUAUGGACCGGAGGGGUUGGGGAGGUUGUUGGAGGGGAGGGGGAGGGGGUUCGUUUAUGUUAGGGAGAAUUGUUAUGGACAUGUGGGACCUUGGGCUGAGCGUGCCGGAUGGCAGCAAAUCGCGGACGUCUCAACCGGCGUCGCCAUCGCGAUGGGGAAAGCACUCGGACUAGAGGGUAACGAACCCGUGGUCCCGCCGUUCCCGAUGUCGGACUAUGGCACGGGGAGUCUGGGGACGAUUGCGGUGUUGCACGGAUUAUGGAAUAGGAAGGUUCAUGGAGGGAACUGGGUGGGGAGUACGAGUUUGGCGGCGUAUGAUACGUUGCUGACGAAACAAGGCGAAUACCCACCCGCAGUUUUAGACAAGUUGUUCGACGCGCACAAGGCGUUGGGGUUGGAGUUGGUGUGUACGGAUAACGUUGACGUCGUGUCGAAAAAGUCGCUGAAGACGUUGAAAGAGCUCGCGCCGUUUUUGUUU